UUUGGUUGGAACGUAAGUGAGGGUUCCAUUCUUCGUUGACCUCAGCCGACCUCAGGAUGUGCUGAACCACACCUGCAGCUUGUACCUCAACACGGAGGAGGACGUGUGGGUGGGAGUGUGGUAGGGCGCUCCCGGCCGCCGCCGCGCCUCAGAAAAGGCUGCAUGCUUGUUUGGUGCAGGUGGUUCCUGAAUGACAGGAGCCGCGUUCAUUCAGCUGCAGGUCCUGAAAAACUCGAGUGUGAUUGUUUGUGCCGCUCACUCCUCCUCUCCUCCGCUCCUCGCAGGCACACGCUCCCCGCCAGCCAAUGGGAGGCGGCCUCUGGGAGAGGCGCCGACUGGUACCAGGAGGCGCUGGGAGACGGGCAGCCUGUUAUCAUCUAUCUCCAUGGCAACGUGGGGACCAGAGCGCUGAGGCACAGAGUGGAUCUGGUGAAGGUGCUGAGCGCCGCGGGGUUCCAUGUUUUAUCUCUGGACUACAGAGGUUUUGGAGAUUCCUCUGGAGACCCCAGUGAGGCGGGGCUGACCUCUGACGCCCUCUACCUGCAGCAGUGGGUGAAGAGGCGCGGCGGCGGCCCGGUGAUCCUGUGGGGUCACUCUCUGGGUUCUGGGGUGGCCACCAACGCUGCUGUCAGACUGCAGGACGGAGAGUCGGCUGUUGAUGCUUUAGUUCUGGAAGCUCCGUACACGAGGAUCAGAGACGUGGCAGCAAACCUGCUGAUCACCAAGAUCUACACGUUCCUUCCAGGACUGAAGAACUUCCUGUUCGACCUUCUGAAGAAGAACCAGAUUGAAUUUGCAAACGAUGAGAACCUGAAGACGCUCACCUGUCCGCUCCUCAUCCUGCACGCCGAGGACGACGGCGUGGUUCCUCAUCACAUGGGCCUGCAGCUCCAGCAGAUCUCCGUGGAGGCGCGGCGGGGGCUCGGCGAGGACGCUCCGGUCACCAUGGUUUCCUAUCCGGCUGAGCUGGGGUUCUCUCACAGCAGCAUCUACCUGGACCCCAACUUACCAGCGACAGUCCAGAAUUUUGUUCAAAACUUGAGACGAUGACGCAGCUCCUCCUCCAGGACAGUUUGAUGAACCUCGAGAUUCUCCGCUUUGAAGGUUGAAAUAAAACCACUUUGUGUCAUGAAA